AUCUAGUCUUGGCUUCAUCAUCAUAUUUAACGCACCCACCCUGAUUCACACAUGCUACAAGGGGUGCAUUCUCUUAUCCGGCUGUACUCCUAGAGGUAGCCUGGUCCUGUGGGAAGAUUCUUGUUUCCUGUAACCUGCGAUUUAUUCCGUUGGCUCGCCUCGGGUGACUACACGGGACACAGUGUGACAGAAUUACGCGCCCUGGAUCGCUGAGCUGGACGAGAACACACGCGUCAACUACUUUUCGGGGACUUUUCUUAAAGAAUGAACACACUUAAACCUGAAGAUCUGUACUUCCUGUACAUUUUUUUUCCGGGCUGAAGUCCCAGGUGAUCCGCGGCUGCUCUGCCCCGCACAUGAUCGAGGCUGGAUGGUGAGACCUACGUGCGCCCUCGAACCUCUUGGACACGCACGUUAAACGGAUCGUUCCCCUCCGCGUGUCACAGCUGCUUCUGGAUCCUACUCACUCGUCUGCUGCCUGAAAUAUUUGAUGGUAACAGGAGACGGGAGAGCGGCAGCGUGACGAAGAUGUGGCUUGCGCAAAUCGACCGCUGGUCUGAGCCGACUCGACCUGCUGUACCUGGACGCUUGCGGAUGAUUUUGCGCUUGUGAAAUCUCGCCUGGACACCCGCGGUGGUAGAAGGACUCGGAUGUUGAAAAUACAAAAGGCUGAACACUGAAUCCUUUACUCAAGACGGCAAGUGAAGAUGGGUCCUACGUGUUUAAUGUAUACUUCAUUAGAUUGGCGUCCAGUCUAAUAAACAUCAUCAGCGAUGUAGUCAGCUUGUUCAUCUGCGUGCUGAUCAUUUGCAGUAAAUAUUCACAUUUGCUCAAAAGGGAGACCAUGAAGAUGAUCCUCCUGCGCAAAUUUCGUUUUUUGAUCCUCAUGGUGUUCCUUAUUGCAUGCUCGAUGCACAUAAUGAUAGACUUGUUACCGAAGCUGGAGAGGCACGGCAACAGCGGCUGUUCCUGCUCCCACACGCCGAGCGAGGAGCCUCAGAGCUGGGGGAAGCAGGGCUGGCCUAACAAGCACACCCUGCGGAUCCUGCAGGACUUCAGCAACGAGCCCAGCUCAAACGUUUCCUCCCACUCUCUGGAAAGGAUCCCGGUCGCAGGCGACAAAACGCAGGCGUUCAGGAGGCUGGAGGAUCACGGUCAACGUAAUGACAGGAAGAGGCAGUUAAUCCAGGACUCCACGGUGACCAAGAACAUGCCGGUUAAGGGUUCAAGGUUGUCGGCUCUGUAUGACCACCCCUUAUAUAAAAGAACCGUGCCACCUCUGACAGACGAGGACACUCUCUUCAACGUCAACACGGACAUCAGAUUUGACCCCAAAGCAGCAGAGGAUCAGGCAUGGAAUACUGAAGGGAACAUGGAUGAGUUCAGCCCAAACGGAGAGCUGACAGCUGAUUCCUAUCCCAACUGGCUCCGCUUCCACAUUGGGAUUAAUCGAUACGAGCUAUACUCCAGACACAACCCGGUCAUCGACGCUCUCCUGAAGGACCUGGUCAGCCAGAAGAUCACCAGCGUCGCAAUGAAGUCUGGAGGCACUCAGCUCAAGCUCAUCAUGACCUUCCAGAACUAUGGCCAGGCUCUCUUUAAACCCAUGAAGCAGACCCGGGAGCAGGAGACCCCACCCGACUUCUUCUAUUUCUCUGACUUUGAAAGACACAACGCUGAGAUUGCUGCCUUUCAUUUGGACAGAGUCCUGGAUUUUCGUCGUGUUCCUCCUGUGGCCGGCAGACUUGUCAACAUGACGAAGGAGAUCCGAGAUGUCACACGAGACAAAAAGCUUUGGAGAACCUUCUUCAUUUCACCAGCCAACAACGUGUGUUUCUACGGAGAGUGUUCAUACUACUGCUCAACUGAGCAUGCUCUGUGCGGUAAACCAGACCAGAUAGAAGGAUCCUUGGCAGCCUUCCUCCCAGACCUGGCCCUUGCCAAACGCAAGACCUGGAGGAACCCGUGGAGACGCUCGUACCACAAACGCAAGAAGGCAGAGUGGGAGGUGGAUCCGGACUACUGCGAGGAAGUCAAACAAACUCCACCUUAUGACAGUGGGACACGGCUGCUGGACAUCAUGGACAUGACCAUCUUUGACUUCCUCAUGGGAAACAUGGAUCGCCACCAUUAUGAGACAUUUGAAAAGUUUGGAAAUGAGACGUUUAUCAUCCACCUUGACAAUGGCAGAGGCUUUGGAAAGCACUCCCAUGACGAGCUGUCCAUCCUCGUGCCAUUGACCCAGUGCUGCAGGGUAAGGAAGUCGACCCACCUGCGUCUGCAGCUGCUGGCUAAGGAAGAAUACAAGCUGUCUGUGCUCAUGGCGGAGUCCCUGGUGAGGGACCGCCUCAGUCCCAUCCUCAUCCAGCCUCACCUGGAUGCCAUGGACAGACGACUACGCCAGGUUCUGAAAGUUUUGUCAGAAUGCAUUGAAAAGGAGGGAUACAUUUACGUCGUUGAGGACGACCUCCAGGAGCACCAGGGGACAGACCAUGGCCACACCAGCCCACGACGGAGGUAGCUAUCUGGGGACGCUGGCAGCUGGACAGGACUAAAUCUUUGGAGACAGGAGAUCAAGUCUUUCUCUCAAAACUGAACCGGCAUCCUGUAACACAGAUGAGCUCAGUCUGUGUUCGUCAGAGGGUGUGAUGUUUUUUGUUGCUGAAUUCACAGGGAAGCCCACCUGCCUGAAAUUAAUAUAAGCUGUGUGGAAGUGGACAGGGCAGCUGCACAGGACUACUUAGCAGUGCAAUGACUGGACCCUGUACUGAUGUUUGAUGUCCAAGACUUUUGGAUAGAUCUGGGACCUGGGUCACAAAUGAAACUGAACACCCCUCCACACCCCGCCCCACCCCACCCCACCCCACCCCUCGACCCCACACACACAAACACACACACACGCACACCACCCAGACUCCUUAAAUUAUCCAGCCAUGACUCUAGCUGACCCAAACAACCACCCACCCACCGCAGCACUACCAAACCAUGAAAGUCUUGCAAGAGACGCUUUCUCUCUGUCUUGUUCAGGACCCUUUUUUUGAAUUCAGUGAAUUCUGAGGGACUUGUAAAGAAAUUACUGACCCCUGUACCCCUCCCCUCUCCUCACAACCUGAAUUAUGUGUUUAUACGUAUUGUUGGUAUUCGCAAGUUGGUAUUUACAUUCACGGUGGAGGAGGAUGCUGAGGUUGAGGUUCCUGUUGUCUUAAUUAUCAAAAGGAUGUUUUAUUGAGUUGUUGAAAAAUGUUUUAUUGCAUAGUGUCUUUCUUAUUUUAUUUCUGCUGAGCUGAUUCAGCGUCUGUCAUUGCUAUUCAGGAUGGAGAUGUUUGACUGGAGUGCAGGUUUACUCCUGGAUUUGUCCAUUCAUUUUGCCCAUAAAUGUUACUUGCACUUGA